UCAGCCAACGACACGACAUCGAUAACUUACUCCCAUCGAAGCCCUUGCGGUGAGAAAUAGCCACAAGAGCUAUUGUUUUAAGUCCACUGGAAAUCCCAAAACUCAUAGAUUUACCCACUUAAAACACACGCAUCCAAUAUCGUCCUCGAGUUCCUGUUGACCGUCUGCUGCGAAUACGAACCCCGAUAAACCCCGAUCUGUCCAUGGCACCAUCAUAUGCUGCACCGCAGCCUCCCAGCGAGCAAGGCGAAAAGCCAGUGACAGUGCUAGUCACUGGAUUCGGUCCCUUCCUCACCCGCUUUCCCAAAAACUCCUCCUGGGAAAUCGCCUCCACCCUCCCUAGUCUCCUCCCCUCUUCCCCCACCAACAAAACCCCAAUCCACAUUCAUGUCCACCACGAACCCAUCCGCGUCGCCUACGCCACCGUCCUCAAUCUCAUCCCGAACCUGCUUCCCCCAGGAAAUCCCAUGUACCCGGUUGCAGACAUAGUCCUGCACAUCGGGCUCGCCGCAGGCCGCAAUUACUACGCCAUAGAGCAAGGCUCGCGGAGCCGCGGGUACGGUAAUAUCGCCGAUGUGGAUCGUCAGCGGUUCGACGAUGAGAGCGCUGAAAAGCAAUUUCCGGCUUCGAAAUUUCCAAGUACGCUGUCGACGAGUUUCGAUACUGCAGAUAUCCUGGCGUGUUGGAAAGAGUCUUUAAAAUCUUCUUCCUCUUCGUCUUCUUCUGAAGUUGGUAGCACGAAAAGCCCAGAUGUGAGGAUUAGUAGUGAUGCGGGGAAUUUCUUGUGCGGGUUCAUCUAUUAUAAUAGUCUUGCGCAUUAUUUUAGCAUCAAGGAGGAUGAGCGGCCGGUCAUUUUUUUGCAUGUCCCGGAUUUGACGAGUAGUGAGGCGAAGAUGAAGGAGGGGUGGGAGGUUACGGUUGCGUUGAUCAAGGCGCUGGUGGAGAGUAGGCGUAAGGCUGGGGGUAUUAUUGUGGAUGGGCAGAGACGGAGUCAAGAGGCGCACAAUGGGACGUAUGGGGCGCAGACGGAUAACAAUUUUGCUUAAAUUCUACAGGCUUUUCGUUUUUUGAUUACAAGAUAUAUUUUUCUGAGAGAAGCAUUGGGUAACGAGCGCGUACGUAGCGAAGACUGCAGUGGGGUUGCAGGUCACAGAACUAGGAAAGAGUAUGGGCAAAGUCAUAUAGGAUGUAUAGCAUUCAGACAGUGCAAGAAGAUUGACAUAACGGUAAUCGAGGGUUGAUCCUAGCUGG